UUUGCACGCUCUUACAUUGUGGUGUCGCAUCUUGGUUAGGCUGUGGUGUGUGUUGUGUUAGUACAGAGAUUGUGUUUGAGUUGUAAAGUGGUGGAAGCUGUUGUGUAGUAUUAAAUCACAUUCUUUUCUGUUGAUGUAGAAAUAAACGUGUUCAAUGUCUCAGAGAGAUACAGUUAUUCAUCUCGUCGCUGGCGGGGUGGCUGGUACUGUUGGUGCAAUAGUGACAUGCCCUCUGGAAGUAGUGAAGACACGCCUCCAGUCUUCGUCUUGUGGAUUUCAUGUUCAAAAAGUUUGCUUACCGAAGAUUGCAGCACCUGGGGGCAACAGCAGUCAUGUGACAUGUAAAACUAUUCUUCCUCACCAACGAAGGAGACUAACAACUUUUGCAGCUAGAAACUCUACUCAAAUUUUGGCCAUUUCACACUGUGGGGUUUCCGGGGCUAAAACCAUGGGACUUCUUCAGUGUCUCAGGCACAUUGUGGAGAAUGAGGGCCCCAGAGCCCUGUUCAAGGGACUAGGCCCCAACCUGGUGGGAGUAGCCCCAUCCCGAGCUAUCUACUUCUGUGCUUAUUCGCAGACCAAGAGCUUUUUCAACUCUGUUCUCAGCCCCGACACCGCCAUCGUCCAUGUCUGCUCGGCGUCAUGUGCAGGGUUUGUGGCGUGCACAGCGACUAACCCAAUCUGGUUCGUGAAGACGAGACUUCAGUUGGACUACGCCAGAAACGGCAAUCGAAUGACAGCAGCCCAGUGCAUCAAAAAUAUUUACAGAACUCAUGGUUUGGCGGGCUUCUACAAAGGCAUCACUGCCUCAUACUUCGGAAUUUCGGAGACCGUGGUUCAUUUCGUUAUCUACGAAGCCAUCAAAGCGAAACUGGUGGCUUUUCGAUCAGGUCAACCAACAGACUCCAAGUCCUCCAGAGAUUUCCUCGAGUUCAUGAUGGCUGGAGCGGUGUCCAAGACCAUAGCAUCUUGUAUCGCCUACCCUCAUGAAGUGGCACGCACGAGACUUCGGGAAGAAGGCACAAAGUACCGCUCAUUCUGGCAGACGCUAGCUACUGUAGCACAGGAGGAAGGCUAUCGUGGUGUGUAUCGUGGACUGAGCACGCAGUUAAUCCGUCAGAUUCCUAACACGGCUAUCAUGAUGGCCACAUACGAAGCCGUGGUGUAUGCACUCACAAAAUACUUUGGCUCCCCAGCCACAGAAUUCUACAUUGCUGAGGAGUCUUCGACUUCUAACGUAACAAAUAACGGUGAUAUGAUAAUAAGCAGGCCUGUCGAAGAACAUGACUUAUCACAGUAACAUGUAUCAGGUCGUCAGCCUAAUGCCACAACCCCCAACCUGGAGGACCAGUGGGCUGCUCUUGGUCUGGUCCCUGCCCUUUGACCUGUCUGGCUUGGGUGACCCUACCAGGAGCUGAAGCUCCUGCCAGCAUAGCUCUCAGAGUCCUAACGGGACGCACAAACCCCCCUGCCACGGUAAGGCGGCAGCCCUCAGGGAGGUAUUUGAAUGUUAACAGCUCUAAAACAAAAACACUGCGGUAUCAGCACUCGGUUUCUGAGGUUCAGAUCUUUGCGGCACAAAUAACUGUGCACGAUUUUCAUUUUGUGUGUGUACUGUUGUACAAAGCUAAAUAUUUUUAGAAACGAUUCAUCCAUGUACAUAUGUUAAUAAUGUUAUCAUCGAGAGCCCUUAAAAAUUAACAGUGAAGGAAAUUGAAGUAAUGGUGACAAGGGGCAUGGUGGUUUUGUUAAAUAGUGGGUAUUUAUAUUUCCAAUAUACCUACUCAGUCGGCUUAGAAGUUUAAUGUGAUUCUUCGUAUGUACUAAAAUUCCAUUUAAUAUUAACCGUGCACUGCAGUAGUUGUAUUAAUUAAACACUGGGGAUAUAAGGGUGGUCUAUGCUGCUAUUUGAUCAUUUGUGAUAAUAAUAUUUAUUUAAACUAUUGUAAUAAGUUUACAGCGCGUGCAGUUUGUUACUGACACUUAUCCAUAGCACCAAAAGUGUGACCUCCCAAUGGCACAUCUGUCUACAUCAGUGGUCCCCAACCUUUUUGUACCUACGGGCACAUUUAAGAGUUUAUGAGAUCGUGGCGGGCACCAACCAAUUAACAAAGCCAAAUUUUAUUUUCUCUGGACAAAUAAGAUAUGGACA